AUGAAAUCGCUCAAAAUUAAGGGGCUGGUGAAGGGGAAGAACGAGGGGUACUACAGUCUUAUCACAGUUAUAAGCCUAAACGACGAGGAGCUAGACGAGCAAAUUAUUCAAAAGGAGGAAAGCGUAAAGGCCAAUUUGGCAGCCAUAAAAAAUGCAGAGGAAAUUAGCAAAAGUGAGAAGAAGUUGUUUGGCGCAAUGAUGAGAAAUGAAAAUGUCCGCUUAAGGAUAAAAGGAAAUAUAAAAAAAGUAACACGUAGUAGGAGAGAAGAACUAAGCGAGCAUUACAAGGAGGAAGCACUUAAUGCUGUGUUUGGUGAAGAGGUAAAUGGUGACAAGGAAUAUAUGAACAAAUUUUUGAACUACCUGCAGAAUGUCCAGGGGGUAAAAUUUCACGGAAACGCCGUUAGGAAGGGGAGUAGCAGGGGUAGCGGCAAAUUAGAGGAGAGCCCCUUCGAACGAUUGAAUGAUCAAAGUGAUGUUGCUCAGGAGGAUCACCUCCUGUGGGGCGGGGAAAAGGGGGGGACAGAAGUGAAAUGCGAUAUACACCAAACGAAUAGCGGCCCUGAAGUGAAAGACAGCGGGGCGGGUCCUACCCCACUCCUCAGAGUCAAAAACAAAGUCAUUCAAAAAAAAAAAGGAAAAAAAAAAAGCAUGAGAGCUAGCCAAAACGUAACCACCGAAUCGCUAAACAGUAGCGAGGUAUCGGAAAAGACACUAAGAAAAAUCUUCAACAAAAUUAAAAUGUCCUUAAAGGAGUUGAAGAAGCCAAAGGUGGUCAUCCAAUCACCACAGAGAGUGGUUGCUUGUAGAACAAAGCAGGAAGAGAGACAUAGCGUUAUUUAUAAUAUGAAACAAGGAAGAUGUGUGACUCAACAAAAGAAUAACUGCCCCACCAAGAAGAGCCCAAACUAUGAACAAUAUAAAUUAUAUUUUAAAGGUCUCUUCCAACACAUAAGAGGAGGGAAGAAGGGAUCAUCAGCUACUACCAUGGGUGGUAUGGCUUCUCCAUCGAAAGGAAAAAUAAUGCCCACUGAGUAUUUGGCUCCCAUUGGAGGGGUUAGAAGUGCAGAGGAAGAGGAUCCUCUUCCUACAGCAAGGGAGGAUGAUAUCAUGGACAUCACUUGUGAUGAUGAGUUCGUAAGGAACAAAUUUAUAAUGAAGGAAAUGAUUAAGGACGAGUAUAGGAGGAAGAGGAAGAAGGGGUCCAGUUUUAACCACCACCACAACGAUGACAUUUUUGCCCCUAAUCUGGAAGCUGCCUCGAACGCAGAACGUAACAUGCAGUGCGCGAUGGAUGAGACCGUUAUGAGCGACAGCGACUUGAACGAUUUGGAGUAUCUGGUCAGCGUGAAGGGGAAAAAUGCGAACAGGUACAAGGACAGCCUUGCGAAGAGGUACAAGGAUGGGUCCGGGAAGGAGGCACAACAGAAAGGAGUAGCAGCGGCGAAGACAGUUCUUCCGCCCUCUGUGAACUUUUCAUCCCUGCCACGCAAGCACGUUGUGGACAGUCCACCCGGAGGAGACUCCUCCCCGCCAGAACAAAAGGAGAAAAAAGAAAAUGCCCCAAUGGAAGAAAAGUUAAAUGAUGCAGAGGAAGACAACAGUGAAUCGUGUAUUGAAAAAAGCAUUGUCGUAACAACACGCGUCGAUGGCUCCGUGAAGGAUCCCACGAAAGAUAAUGCCAUGGAUGAAGGAAGCUGCUCUUAUACAAAUAAUUCAUCACACAUUGGUGAUAAGCACAUGGGUAAAAAUAAAGAACAUGAUUCCCCCCAGUUAAACAGAAAGAAAAAACUUGCGGCUAUUAUGAAGCUAAGCUCGUUCAUAUUGAAGAAACGUCAUGGUAGGAGGGGAAGUGUAGGGGACGACCAAAGGGAACACAUUGUAGUGGCAAACAAAGUGAUGGAUGAUGAUGCGCCGAAGGAGGUGAAGACAGAACAUGAAGAGCCAAAGGAGAGUUCCUCAAUAGGAGACGCUUUAGAAGGGAAGAAUAUUUUCCCUCCACUAAAGGCUCCGACACUUGACCAGAUUAAUAACUCUCCUCAUGAGUUGGUCAAUCAGGACGAGCAACCCAACGAUGUUGAUAAGGACAGUGCACCCGUGACGGAGACCUCAGGAUUGAGCGAAGAGGAGGGGGGUCUAGCAUUUGUUAAGAACAUGAUGGAGGCGUCCUCAAUGGGGGGGACAGGCGUGGUGGACGGGAUGAUGGACUCCACGAAGGGAGAAAAGGAGGAUGAGGAGGAAGGAAAAACGAGCACAGAAGAGGAUGCCUCGAAGCUAUUCCCGAACAUACUGAGCAAAUCGCCAAGCUUCAAAAGGGGCAUGAGUAAAGGAGAUGAGAAUGAAGCCGAGAUGGAUCCCCCCUCUGGUGGGGAAGCUAAAGGAAAAGUACAGAAUGAAAAUGAGGGGGAGGCCACAAAGGAGCUGUUACAAGAAGAGGAAAACAAAGUGGACGCAGAGGUGGAGAAAGGUCACUCGUCUUCCUCCUGCAACAGUGAGAUGAAGAAUGGAGGAGGGAACAAAAUGGUGGCCAGCGUCAAGGUCCCGUUGAAGAUGAACACCAUGUUCAUGAAGAAGGCCCUCCUGGGGAAGAUGCUGGCGAAGCGCUUUCCCAAUGGUCCUCCAUCUGCCAAGGGGGUAGAGGUGAAGAAGGGGGAAGACGUGCAGACGGGGGAGGACAAUGAAGAGGGAGGAGAGGCCAGCGAAAAGAACACACCGAUGGAGAAGACGAUUCAAAAGGGCAUCCCCAAGAGCAAAGUUGUUAUUCAAAAGAUGAUUCCCCCGAACGGAUUCCCCUUAAAGGGUAAUGCUAUUGUGAAGGCAAAGGCAGCGACGGCUGUUCCCCGUGGGGCUCGUAGUGCGGAUGGGACGAGCGUGUGCUUAACUGGGGCAGAGGCAGAAGAGAACGUGGUGCCACCGCAAGGAAGCGAACCCACCGUCCAAUCCAUGCAAGACGUGAAGGGGACAACAACGGACCAAGGGGUACCACCCAAAGGAGAUAACAACAUAAGCGACAGGGGCUUCAUAGAAAAUGCAGUGAGGAAAAAUAUUCAAAAAAUGUUGGAGAGGGUAGACACUUUGGUGGUGCAUGCGAGGGAUGAAAAAAAUGGAAUGGGACCUGGCGUGACAAUAAUUGAGGGGGACGCUCCUACAGGGUUCAAUGUGGAGAAGGGUACACAGGUGAAGGGAACAGAGGUUGGUAAAGAUGCUGGUAGCGAUGCUGGUAGAGAUGCUGGAAGCGACGUGCCCCCCGCCGAGGGACGCAAAAGGUACUCAGUGACGCUGAACAGGUUUUCCAAAAAGAUAGAAGUGAAGAAAAGGAACUCCAUGGAUGUGGUUCAAAUGUUCAGUGUGAUGGGUGAGAAAUCGGGGGAGGAGGGUUGCUCCCUUCCAAGUGGUAACACAGGUGAAGACGCCGUUGCAGAGGAUUCCACGGGGGAGAUGCAAAACGAAGUUCAAAAUGGAUUACCCUGUACAAACGAUGUGGAGAAGGAGAUUCCCCCGCCUAGUGCCACCACAGCCGAUGAGUCACCAAAGAGGAUGCCAAUCCUAAAACUCCUUGUUAAGAAGGCCGGAUUGGCCAAAUUAAUGUUAAAACGGCCACUAGAAAAUAUAAAGGCAGUACAGUUGGGGGAGAACAAUGGCGAUUUGGGAAACGGCGAUGAAGGAGGAGAGAUUCAGUCUCCGCAGGAGGAAGAGGAGGACCAAGUCGAGGAAGGUAAGGACAAGACGGACGGUGAACAGGAUAACAAAAACGAAGGAGAUGAAAAAGGGGAAGUAGUAACUGACGGGGAAGAAACUCACAUGGAGGAAAAACGAGAGGACGACCCCGCGCUACCCAAAACGAACGUCGUGGAGGGAGCCCCCCUUUUACCACCCCAAAUGGAAAAUGAACCAGCUGGACAGGUGAAGGAAGGCCCAUACAAAAACAUCUUCAUGGCAAAACUGCAGAGCGUCAAACAUAAGUCCACGAUGAAGCAGUUUCCCCUGAAAAGGGUACCGGUGAAGAAGGGAAGUGGUGAAGAGGAGAGUAGUCCUAGCGAGGGUGGCAACAGUGAGGAAGAAACUUCUCUGGCAAAGGAGCAGGACCCGCAAGACGAGGCAGUGAAAGACACCUCCCCGGAGGAUACCACCACCAAGCAGGUAGACCGCCCACACACAAGUGAAAACAACGAAAAUGAAGAAAAAGACAAUUCAGAUGAUAGUGAUAGUAGUGGACCCGUGUCCGACACAAAGAAAUGUCCAAUGAAAAAAGUGCCUCCAAAAGCCAUGUUUAAAAUUUUGCCCAAAAUUCCCCCCAAAUCGAUGGUAAAAAUUUGGCCCCAAAUUCCCCCCAAAGUUGUAGUUGCUCCAUUUAAUGGAGUUAAUGACUCAAAAUGUAUGACCAAGGUGAAGCCUCCCUUUUUAAACAAGCUCAAAGCAAAGGCUUUCCCCCCACCAAGCAUGAAGGGAGAAGACACAGAAAAGGGAUUAAGCCAAGAGGAGGGACACGUCUCCCCAUGA